AACGAGACGAGAGAGUUUCUCUCUCCCUCUCUCUCUCUCUAACGCAGCGAUCUUCUCUUCUCACUCCGAGAGAAAACGAAAAUGAGCGUCAUCGACAUCCUCUCCCGAGUCGACUCAAUAUGCAAGAAAUACGACAAGUACGACAUCGAGAAGCAGCACGACCUCAACCCUCACGGCGACGAUGCCUUCGCUCGUCUCUACGCUCGCUUCGAAGACGAAAUCCAAGCCACUCGCCAGAAAGCCGAGAAGGCUGCGACCGAGACUAAUCGGGCUGUGGCUGUGGCGUCCAAUGUCGAGAUUCGUCGGACCAAAGCUCGAUUGAUGGAGGAAAUUCCUAAGCUGCGCAAAUUGGCUCAGAGAAAGGUUAAAGGGCUGUCCAAAGAAGACCUAGAAACACGCAAUGAUCUGGUUCUUGCACUGCCAGAGAGGAUACAAGAAAUACCAGAUGGGUCAGAAACUGCAGCCACAAAAGCUGGGGGAUGGGCAACUUCAGCGUCUCAUAAAAAUAUCAAAUUCGACUCAUCAGAUGGGAACUUUGACAGUGCUUUUUUCCAGCAAAACGAAGAAUCAAAUCAAUUCAGGACGGAGUAUGAAAUGCGUAAAAUGAAACAAGAUGAAGGUCUAGAUAUCAUAUCAGAAGGAUUGGGAACACUGAAAAAUUUGGCCCAUGAUAUGAAUGAGGAAUUGGAUCGGCAAGUCCCACUAAUUGAUGAAAUAGAUACAAAAGUGGACAAGGUUACAUCGGAAAUAAAGAGUAACAAUGUUAGGCUCAAGGACAAUCUUCACAAGGUGAGGUCGAGCCGAAAUUUCUGCAUUGACAUUAUUUUGUUGUGUGUAAUUCUCGGAAUCGCCUUCUAUAUAUACAAUGCACUGAGAUGAAAUUGCAUUCAGAAGGCUUCGAUCAGCAGCUAUUAUUGGACCAUAUCUUGCCUGGGCUUUCCUCAUAACUUUUUAGCAAGUUCAACUUUCUGCAAAGAGUUUACUUCAUUACUCGAAGUAUGUCCCUGGGAAGGUCAUUUCAUUAAACUCCUCAAAGUUGGUGGGAUCGGUUGGAUGAGCAUUGAGUAGGUCAUACUGGGAGUGGUUUGGGAUGUAGCAGUUGAUAGCGUUGCCUGCCGGUCUCAUGCUAGGCAGAAGAUUCUUAUCUAUUUUCUUGCUUUCUCGAUUGUUGAUGAGUGGAAAGUGAUUUUCUUUCAUAUUUUCUUCUGUACUUUUCAUUUUUAGUGUGUUGGAAUCAAUGACCGAAGAAGAAAUUGAUAUUGUUGAUUUUACCAUAUUAUUUGAACGAACUUCAUAGCUA